CAACAAGGAACAACCAUGUCAUCAGAAUCCAGCAAAAAACGGAAGCCCAAAGUCAUCCGAAGUGAUGGAGCCCCAGCUGAAGGAAAGCGGAAUCGAUCUGACACUGAGCAGGAAGGUAAAUACUACAGUGAGGAGGCCGAGGUGGAUCUGCGGGACCCUGGCAGAGACUAUGAGUUAUACAAGUACACCUGCCAGGAGCUACAGAGGCUGAUGGCUGAGAUCCAAGACCUGAAGAGCAGGGGUGGCAAGGAUGUGUGGGCUUUACUGUUUUCUUUGCUCACAGGCAAUUGUGUGCAUUUCAUGACUCUAAAGAAGCUUAACCGAUUAGCCCACAUCAGGUUGAAGAAAGGAAGAGAUCAGACCCACGAGGCUAAGCAGAAAGUAGAUGCCUAUCACUUGCAGCUCCAGAACCUGUUGUAUGAGGUGAUGCACCUACAGAAGGAGAUCACCAAAUGUUUGGAGUUUAAGUCGAAGCACGAAGAAAUUGAUCUGGUCAGUUUAGAGGAGUUUUAUAAGGAGGCUCCACCAGAUAUCAGCAAGGCUGAAGUCACCAUGGGAGACCCUCACCAGCAAACACUGGCACGUCUGGACUGGGAGCUGGAGCAGCGGAAAAGGCUGGCAGAGAAGUACCGAGAGUGCCUAUCCAACAAGGAGAAGAUUCUCAAGGAGAUUGAGGUGAAGAAGGAGUACCUGAGCAGCCUCCAGCCCCGCCUCAACAGCAUCAUGCAGGCUUCCCUUCCGGUGCAGGAGUACCUGUUUAUGCCAUUCGACCAGGCUCACAAGCAGUAUGAGACAGCCAGGCACCUGCCGCCUCCCCUCUAUGUCCUCUUUGUUCAGGCCACUGCAUAUGGGCAGGCCUGUGAUAAGACGUUAUCUGUGGCAAUCGAAGGCAGUGUGGAUGAAGCCAAGGCUCUUUUCAAGCCUCCAGAGGACUCCCAAGAUGACGAGAGUGACUCGGAUGCUGAGGAGGAGCAGACCACGAAACGCCGGAGACCCACGCUGGGGGUUCAGUUGGACGACAAACGCAAAGAGAUGCUGAAGAGGCACCCACUGUCCGUCAUGCUCGACCUGAAGUGCAAAGAUGACAGCGUGCUUCACCUGACUUUCUACUACCUCAUGAACCUCAACAUCAUGACAGUAAAAGCCAAAGUGACAACCGCCACAGAGCUGAUCACCCCCAUCAGUGCAGGUGACUUGCUGUCUCCUGACUCAGUCCUGAGUUGCUUGUAUCCUGGGGAUCAUGGAAAGAAAACUCCGAAUCCAGCCAAUCAGUAUCAGUUUGAUAAAGUUGGCAUCCUGACUUUGAGCGACUAUGUGCUUGAGCUAGGUCACCCCUACUUGUGGGUACAGAAGCUUGGUGGCCUCCACUUCCCCAAAGAGCAGCCCCAGCAAACAGUGAUUGCUGACCACUCGCUGAGCGCCAGCCACAUGGAGACCACCAUGAAACUUCUGAAGACCAGGGUGCAGUCCCGCCUGGCCCUCCACAAACAGUUUGCAUCCCUAGAACAUGGCAUUGUGCCAGUUACCAGUGAUUGCCAGUACCUCUUCCCUGCCAAGGUUGUCUCUCGCCUGGUGAAAUGGGUGACAGUUGCCCAUGAGGAUUACAUGGAGCUGCAUUUCACCAAAGACAUUGUGGAUGCGGGACUGGCUGGGGACACCAAUCUCUACUACAUGGCACUCAUCGAAAGGGGCACAGCCAAACUGCAGGCCGCUGUGGUGUUGAAUCCUGGCUACUCCUCCAUCCCACCUGUUUUCCAGCUCUGUUUGAACUGGAAAGGGGAGAAAACCAACAGCAAUGAUGACAACAUUCGGGCCAUGGAGGGUGAAGUCAAUGUGUGCUACAAGGAGCUGUGUGGCCCUUGGCCCAGCCACCAGCUGUUGACCAACCAGCUGCAGCGGCUGUGUGUGCUGCUGGAUGUUUACCUGGAGACCGAGAGCCAUGACGACAGUGUGGAGGGGCCCAAGGAAUUUCCCCAGGAGAAGAUGUGUCUGCGGCUCUUCAGGGGUCCCAGCAGGAUGAAGCCAUUUAAAUACAACCAUCCUCAGGGAUUCUUCAGCCAUCGCUGACCUCCCGCCCAGCCUGUUGUUUCCCCCAAGGCCUCACCCUGAGUACUGGGCUUCUGCUUUCUGCUGUGGCCCACAUGUGACUCUUGAUAUUCUCUAAAGACACCAGCCGAUUAAAAAGCGUCACCUGACCAGUGGCCUUUGUCUGUGGUUCCUUGCUGGGUGGCUUUGCAGUCUGGAAGGGCAGGUGGGAGCUGUGGCACAGUGUGAAAAAGCAUUUGUAGAGAGACUUUUUCUCAGCAGCCAAGAAAAGCAGAGUGGAAAAAGAUUCCAAUUCUGCAGACAGAUGCUCA